CAUCGCAAACCCCCACUCUCUCCCUCCAUUGCUCCUGCUCUUCUUUUCUCUCAGAACUUUCGCAAACACAUUGAUCACACCCGCUAAUCAAAACGUUUCUUCUUCUUCACCAUGGCUAGACCGCAACAACGAUAUCGUGGCGUCCGUCAAAGGCAUUGGGGCUCUUGGGUUUCAGAAAUUCGCCAUCCUCUACUGAAGACUAGGAUAUGGUUAGGCACAUUCGAAACGGCAGAGGAUGCAGCAAGAGCUUAUGAUGAGGCAGCAAGACUAAUGUGCGGGACAAAAGCAAGAACGAAUUUUCCUUAUAAUCCUAACGAACCACAGUCAUCAUCAUCAAAACUACUAUCAGCAACAUUAGCAGCUAAGCUUCAUAAAUGUCACAUGGCAUCCUUACAAGUGACCAAGAAAAAUAACAACAAUAAUAAUAAUAAUGUCAACAAUAAACAAGCACAUGAUCAUGUAGCACAGUAUGAUAUUAAUACCCAAUUCAGCAAUAGCAAUGGCAUUGCCGGAAAAAGUGUGGAAACCGGUUCUCCUUGGCCGGAGGGGAAAUGGGUUGGUGAGGAAAGUCAAGAUGGGAAUAGCCAGCAUCAGUAUCAACAGGGUAAUGCACUUGAAGAUCAUCAUAUUGAGCAAAUGAUAGAAGAGUUGCUUGAUUAUGGUUCUAUGGAAUUUUGUUCUGUUACUUCAACAUAGAGUCUUAGGAAAAGAAACAUAUAUAGAUAUAUAUAUUAAAAAUGUAGCAACUUUGAUCUAUUUGCUAAUGCCACUUAAUUAUUAUCUUUCCAGUU